AUGGCUCCUGCGUCUUCUUUCGUGGGCUCGAUCUUCCGCUUUAGGAAGACAUCGCUAACCAUUUUGUUAGUCAUCUGCUAUGCUCUUGCCAUUUUCCUCAGUCUCUAUUUCGAGGAAGUGGCUCUAACAGUUCCAGAUCCAGAGCCUAGAAUUUUGACUCAGUCUUGGUUAGAUCUCAAAAAACUUGCCUGCCAGCCUCAUCCCUUUACUUCCCAUGCAAAUGAAGUAGCCCACGACUUCUUAAUGGGCCGUGUUUCCGAAAUUUGCGAGAGACAACCUUACUUAUCGGUAUGGGAUGAUUUUGGUAACCGUAGUACCAUCAUCAGUCAGAAGAAUACCUUGGAUUUGUCUAGCCCUGAGAGAAGAGUUGUUUACUUUGAGUCAGGAAACAUAUUGGCUAAAAUUCAAGGUAAGAACCCGGAACUUGGUGGUGUCUUAGUGUCUGCCCAUUACGAUUCUGCUCCUCCCAGUUACGGUGCUACAGAUGAUGGAAUGGGUAUCGUCACCAUGAUGGGACUUCUAGAACAUUUCUCUAAUAACUCUAUUCCGCAACCUGACCGUACAUUGAUUGUCAAUCUAAAUGAUAAUGAAGAGUUUGGUCUCAUGGGUUCCGAGAUGUUUAUCAAACAUCCCUGGUUUUCUGAAGUAAAAUACUUUGUCAACUUGGAUGGUGCCGGUGCCGGAGGUCGGGCAGUUCUUCUUAGAGCCACCGACAACGGUAUGCUCGAUUACUAUCAGUCUGUUGAAAGACCGUUUGCCAAUUCUAUGUUUCAACAGGCCUUUAAAGGUAAUCUUGUUGGUUCGCAGACUGAUUUUUAUGUCUAUGCAAAGAAUGGACUUCGUGGUAUCGACAUAGACUUUUAUAAGCCUCGUUCAUUAUAUCAUACUCGUAGAGAUAAUGUUGCAGAGUCUUCGAAGGGUUCUUUAUGGCACAUGCUGAAGAAUACGCUGGAUUAUGUUGAGACUUUGGUUUACAACGCUGAACCUUUGAAUGACGAUGUCUCUGAUGGUGUCUAUUUCGAUGUUUGCGGCAAGUGGUUCUUUAAUAUCUCUGUUAAGAAGCUUGUUAUUGUUAAUGUUACCUUAUUGUUGAUGCUUCCUUCCAUUAUCAUUGCUCUCUUGAUAUACGUUCAUCGUAACAACGCAUGGCCGAUUGGCUUAAGAGGCUGGCUCCGUAUGCCAAUUAGUCUUGCAAUUUCUGUUGCUGUGACUGUGGUCGCAUCUAAGUACUUCUACAUUCACGACAAGCUAUUGAUUCUGAAUGAUUUUAUUUCUCCAUUAUUAGCCAUCUCCUCGUUGGCUCUCAUUGUUAACUACCUUGUUCUCAACUUCUUUGCUUGGAUUACUCCUGUUUAUGAUCAGAAACUUAUCUGCUUACUUGAACUAACUGGCCUCUUUUGGGUGGCUCUUAUUUUUGCCACCAUAGUUGAGGACAGUGAACAGAAUACUGGCGCUUACUUGGCAACCAUAUUCUUUGUUCUCUUGGCUACAGGCUCUAUUAUUGGACUAAUUGGAAUGGCUCUGAAGGGACGCUAUGACGAAAGAGUUGUGUCCGUCACUCCUCCUGCAAGUACGUACGGUUCUACCAAUGACGAGGAUGCUGGUAGUGAAGAACACAUUCCAGAUGACACUAAUGCCAGCACCAAUCCUUCGCCGGCUGUUGCUUCUGAAGACCAUCCACUUCUUUCUCCUGCUACCCCCGAGCCAAUCAGCUCCUCUGAAGUUUCGGAGAUUAGGCAUUCUGCUCGUGUAGAGAAAUCUUACGACUGGUUGAUUCAAUUUUUAGCUGUGGUUCCAUUGUCAGUGUUUAUCAUCUUCAACAUGGGUGAUUUAUUGCUUCAAUCACUUCAUCAAACUGGCCAGGACUCUGCAGCUAGUGGCCAGGCCGCUAUCUAUCUUCUUUUGGCUGUUUCUGUGAGCCUUAGUAUCCCGCUACUACCAUUUGCCCACAAGAUGAACGCUGCCGUGAUCACAUUCUUUGUGCUUGUGUUUGCAAUAGCUUCUACCGUGACUUACUUCCAGGUUCCAUUUUCUUACAGGAAUCCACUUAAGAUCAGAACUAUGCAAGUGUUGGAUCUAGGAGAGGCGUCUCCAUUCGGAAAUUCAUCUGACAAUGCCAUUUCUUACAUGACUUUCCGUACCAGAAAGGGCUAUAUUACACCGAUUAUCUCAGAGAUUCCAAGCGUAGAGACUAUUGGUGAAGAUGCGGUGACUUGCAAACCUACUAGAGGAAUGAAUGAUGUGGAAACAUGUAGCUAUGAAGCCCAAAGACCUUGGCUUCUUGAUGGAACUGUUGCAGACAAUGCCUACAGUAAAUACUUGAGCAUUGACGUUAUUUCCAAUAGCAACAAGGGCAAAUCGUCAGGAAAAUAUGAACCUUUGAGGGCCUCAUUGGAUAUUAAUGUGGCUGAUAACCGUCUUUGUAUUCUCAGUUUCAACACUACUGACUAUGAUUCGGAAAACACUAAGGAGGGCAAGGGAAAAUCACCGGUUAAAGUAGUUACGGUGUUUGACCCUGCUGCCACUCAUCGCCAGGAUGAUCCUGUGUCUGCUAAUAUUCCAUCUGGUCACUCAACAGAUGAUGAGGGUAACCACUACUUCAAGCUCAUGAGAGGUAUCGAUACUUUCCAGGUUUAUAAGCUUAACUGGACAGAGCCCAAACACCGAGUUGCGCUUGAAUGGUUACCAUUUUCAUUUGAAGAUGGAAAUGAUGAACCAUCCAAACGGGGUCUUGGAGUCACUGUGAAAUGCUACUGGGGGGAAUUCGACACCGAGUUUGUCGUUGACGGACAGAAGAAACGUAGAUUACCAGCAUACGACGAGGCCGUUCAGUAUGCUCCUCAAAAUGUCCUCUACACGAAUAUGAAACCCGGAUUACUCGAGAUAAGUGGCCAUAUCGAGUUAUAA